AUUUUAUCAAACGAUUGUGAACGGUUAUGAUGAUACGAAAUGCAAAAAUGUUCGCUGAUAAAGAGAAAGAUGACAUCUAAUCAGUGUCCUUAUAAAUAAUAUAAAAUCAGAAACUGUCAGUACCAUCCCACUAGUGAAAACGAAAAUGCGUCGACUUCUGAGUUUGAUAUUUGUUUCAGUCGCGUUGGCAGCCGAUUUAAUCGUCGACCUCCCCGAUGGUACAAUCAGGGGAUCCGAAAUCACCUACGAUAACAAGAGUUACUACGCUUACCGAGGAAUUCCCUUCGCUGCCCCUCCGCUGGGAAAACUAAGAUUUCAGGCUCCAGUACCUCCUCAACCAUGGGAUGGUGUGCUAGAUACCAACGCAACAAGAAGCUGUUGUAUAUCCAUGACGCCGAGCAUAGAAUAAGCCGGCCUGGAAGAUGAAGAUUGCUUGUAUCUUAACGUAUACACACCUCCACGAAAGAUUACCGAGAAGUUGCCGGUAAUGGUCUGGAUAUACGGAGGUGGUUUCAGCACCGGAUGCAUCUCCGAUGUUACUUCUGGCCCCUUUUUCCUAUUAGACCAAGACCUGGUCAUCGUUUAUAUCAACUAUAGGGUGGGAUUGUACGGGUUCCUGUCCACCCAAGACGACGUCGUUUUGGGCAACGCUGGCCUGAAGGACCAGCUGCUGGCGAUGAAAUGGACCAAGAAUAAUAUCGCCCUUUUCGGGGGAGACCCGGAAAAAAUAACCCUUUUUGGGGAAAGCGCUGGUGGCAUUUCGGUGGGAGCUCAUGUCGUCAACAAGAAAUCGGCAGGGUUAUACAGGGCCGCCAUUUGCCAGAGCGGCUGCUCGCUGACUUACAUGGAUAUCACCAAUCCGAAAGACCCUAAGCAAGCGGCUUACGACUACGCGAAAUAUAUCGAUCCCACGAUUUCCGAGAAAAAUACGACCACGGAAAUUCGCGACUUUCUGCAAAGUGUGCCAGCUGACGUGCUGACACCUGCUUAUAACGUAAAUAGUCAAACAGGUAUAGUCAUAGAAACUGAACACGAAGAUGCUUACGUCACAAACCGCAGUUUUCCCUUACUGGAGUCUGGAAAUUUCAUUCAAGUUCCACUAAUACUGGGCACAUCUUCGGCGGAGGCGCUCACAUUUUUCGCUUUUAUGGGCGGAGUACCUCUAAUCACCGCCAUAGGAUUAACUUAUGAUCUAAAUCCGAGUGGUCUCUUGCCUUGGGAUCUAGAGCUCUUGCCCGGUGCCAACGUUACCGAGGUGGGAUCUAUAAUUAAAGAGGCAUACGUUGGUCCUAACGGCUCGUUCACUGAAAACUUGGCUGCCGUUGUAGAAUUAGUCAGCGACCAAAUGUUCCUGAAAUCAACUUUGAAGCAGGCCGAAAUACAAUCAAACUUUACCCCCGUAUAUCUCUAUCAAUUUUCUUUCGAGGGUUUCUUAACCCUGUUUCUUCCCAACAUCGAAGGCACGGGCAGGGCCGGCCACGGAGAGGAAAUGCCUUAUCUUUUUGCCACGAUGCCGUUGCUCACCGAUCGAGAAGUAUUGAUCAGUAAGCAGAUGGUCAAACUCUGGGCCAACUUCGCCAAAACCUUGAAUCCCACUCCUGAUGCAUCGGACCCGCUGUUCAACCUCACGUGGCCGCAAGUUACCCCCACCAACAUUCAGUAUUUGGACUUCGACGAUCAGAUCGCGGUGAAACCCAACAGAAAGGCAAAGGAAAUGGCAAUGUGGAAUUACGUUUAUUACACUUAUGGUCAGCAGCCCUUCAAAGGAUUCUAAAUACGUUGAAAUAUAUAUUAAUUUGUA